AUGUGCUUCGAUGAAGAAACAGUCUCAUCUACAUCUUGGAUUGGGAAUACUGUCAGUAACCUGAUAAUGAUCCUACCUCCCAUUUAUGGAGCCAUUCAGACGUAUAAAGAUGGUUUGGAAGUACGCUAUGUGUGGUCCUUUUUAGGAAUUGCUGCCGUAGGCAUUGGUUCAUGGAGCUUCCACAUGACACUACAGUAUGAAAUGCAGUUACUGGAUGAGCUGCCAAUGAUCUACAGCUGCUGCGUGUUUGUCUACAGCCUAUAUGAAUGCUUCAAGCAAGAGCGUGCUGUUAACUAUUUGUCAAUUACACUUUUGCUGACCUUCAGUAUUACUGUUAGCGUGGUUUACCUGAUAUGGAAGGAGCCUGUGUUUCAGUUUGCCAAAUGCAUUACUGAGAAAGCUGCCAAAUGA